AUGGAUGAAGACACGGAUCUUGUGGAGCCCGCGUCCGGAACACCAAACCACCCCAUCGAAAUCUCCGAUGGGUCAUCAUUUCACGGAUCACCCUAUCGUGGUCCCGAUAGUUACCAGGCGAGGUUUAACCAGUACGAGUGGUAUUUUACCCCGUCCGAGCAUUCGUCUCCUUAUCAGCAGCAGCAGCAGCAACAGCAGCAGGAUCCUUCUAUGGAUUCUCGUUUUGUGGCACCGGCGCAUACUCAUUACAACUAUGCUAGCGUGGACCCGUAUCAGGAGGCAUGGGACUACAAUGCUCGUCACCCAGAGGGACCAUAUGGAGGUCUUUGGACCACUGGUUAUCCAACUUAUGGAUACCAGCAUCCGCCACCUCCUCAACCUCUAUACCAGCCGCCGCAGCCGCAGCUAAUCCCGCCAGAGCGUCAGCAGGAGGUUCUCGAGAGACUGAACCAAGUUGAGCAAGAAGUUCGGGAAGACCGUAGGGAAUGA